GUAUUUUUCCUGCUGUUGAAGCGUCACUGCUCACUCCCUCCCUUUUCUUCCACACAGAGAUAGAGAAAGAGAAAGAGAAAGAAAGAGAGAACCAUUGAACCAACCACCAUUGAAGUCCGAGCUUAAUGCCCGUAGAUCCGUCGGCAUUGGAGCAUUUUAGCCCCACCCACUUACCCUAAAGGAUUUCAUUCACUCUUUUCUUCCUCACUAUACUCUCUAUCCUCUCUCUCUUUAGUUAAUAAAAAGUAAAAUCCAUUUGUGUCCUUUAUUGUUGCUGUUCUUGUUAUUGUCCUUUUAGUACCUUUCUUUGUACCCACUUCACACCCCUCUUUUAAAGUCUAUUUUUGUGAAGUAAAAGCAUAAAGGAGCCAAGAAACAAGAACAUUUAAAAAAAAAACCAAGUCUAAAGUUGUAGUUUUGUAGCAAAUUUGAGGCUGUGAGUGUAAGGAAGCUUCAGAUCUGAAGAUGGACAAGAACAAGUGUUGUUGCUGCUACUGCUUUCUUGGUCCUUUCUUUUUUGGUCGUUGACUUGAAGGACUGAAAGUAGAAACUAGUCAGCUAUUUUUGGAGUUUUUUGAGAAGCUUUCUUGAGGGACAAAUUUUUCAAGAAUCAGCUUUUUUUAGGCUGUUGUGUGGCUUUUGCUAGAGAAAGAUAAGAGGGGUAUUGAUAUAAUCAUUGGUUAAUAGUAAAAAUGCUGGCUUUUGGAAGUCCUAAUUGUAACAAUAUUGGGUUUACAAGCUCUAGUUGCCACACUUUACGUAGAGAACUGCAGCAAAUAUGGACCGAUAUUGGAGAGAGUGAAUCUGAUAAAGACCGUAUGCUGUUGGAGCUGGAAAGAGAGUGUAUGGAAGUCUACCGAAGAAAAGUUGAAGAAGCGGCCAAUGCAAAAGCACGUCUUCAUCAAUCUGUUGCAGCUAAAGAAGCUGAGCUCGCUACCUUAAUGGCUGCUCUUGGCGAACUCAACAUUAAUUCACCGAUACAGUCAGAGAAAAAAUCAGCUCCACUGAAGGAGCAGCUUGGGUUAAUCAUGCCUCUUGUAGAUGAUUUAAAAGCUAAGAAAGAUGAAAGAGUUAAGCAGUUCGGAGAUAUAAAGGCGCAAAUUGAGAAAAUAACUGGUGAGAUUUCAGGGUGUUGUAAUAUUGUCAAUUCUCUGAGUAGCUUAAACUUGGAAGAACAUGACUUGUCAAUGAGAAAGCUCUCGGAAUGCCAAUCCCAUCUACUUGCUCUCCAAAAGGAGAAGUCUGUGCGGAUCCAAAGAGUUCUGUACAGUGUGAAUGAGGUUCACACUUUGUGCGGUGUACUUGGGCUGGAUUUUAGCAAAACUGUAAGUAAUGUGCAUCCAAGCUUGCAUGAGACAAACCCUGGACAAUACACAAACAUCAGUGACAGCACAUCGGAAGGUCUAGACCAGGCCAUCCUUGGAUUGAAAACAGAACGAAAAGUUCGAUAUCAGAAGCUAAAGGAUGUGGUGGGAUCGCUGUUUGAGCUUUGGAACUUGAUGGAUACAAUGAGAGAAGAAAGGAGUAAGUUAUCAAGGAUCAUUUCUGUUCUUGAUAUUUCUGAAUCAGAGGUCGUGGAGCCUGGUGUGCUUUCAUUAGAGGUUAUUCAACAGGUAUCAGCAGAAGUUGAGAGGCUGAACAAAUUGAAAGCAAGCAGGAUGAAGGAGUUGGUCAUGAAAAGGAGGGCAGAAUUGGAGGACUUGUGCUACAAAACCCAUAUUCAACCUGAUCAAAGUACUGCUGCUGAUAAAUCCAGUGCAAUGAUCGACUCUGGUCUUGUGGACCCUUGUGAACUCCUAGCAAAUAUUGAAGCACAAAUAAACAACGUGAAGGAUGAAGCUUUAAGCCGAAAAGAAAUUAUGGAUAGGAUAGAGCGGUGGCUUUCAGCAUGUGAUGAGGAAAACUGGCUUGAAGAUUAUAACCGGGAUCAUACACGUUACAGUGGUGGAAGAGGUGCUCACAUAAAUCUAAAGCGGGCAGAACGAGCAAGAAUUACAGUGACUAAGAUUCCAGGUAUGGUUGACAGUUUGAUUAACAAGACACUAGCUUGGGAAGAUGAGAAACAGAAGUUGUUUCUGUACGAUGGGGUGAGAUUGGUGUCAAUAUUGGAGGAUUACAAAGUUAGUCGACAUCAGAAAGAAGAGGAGAAGAAACGGGCUCGGGAUCAGAAGAAACUCCAAGAUAUGCUGCUGGCAGAGAAGGAAUCUAUAUAUGGUUCUAGACCUAGUCCGAGAAGAAGCAGCAGCUUUAGGAAAACGAAUGGAUACCAUGCAAAUGGAAAUGGGUCAGUCACCCCCUCGCCACGCCGGAACUCAGUUGGUUGUGCAACUCCAGAGCUUUCAACACCCCGUUCCUACUCUGGGCGGCAGAAUACCUAUUUCAAGGAAAUGAGAAGACUAUCUACUGCCCCUCUCAACUUUGUGGCUAUAGCAAAGGAAGAUACAAUGUCAUUUUCUUCUAUUGGAGGUUCUGAGCCAGAAUCCCCACCUCAAGGCUGAAUUCACAACUUGAGUAGGGAGAUGAUCUCGUAAUCUUCCUAAUUCCAAGGCAACAUAACAGAAGAAGGAUAUACCUCAGAACAUGUGAAUACUGAAGGGAGUGUACACUACUGUAAUGCUGUAAAGUGUUAGGCAGUUCUAGCACUUAGUGACUUUUUUUGCUAGUGACUUUGCUGGUUACUAUAGAGAUUGUUGUGGAUAUAUUAGUGAUAAUGAAGUUGUCUGCUUAAAUAGAAGUUCACUGACCAAUAUGUACCUUGAAUAUUUUCUUUUUGUUAGUCAUUUGCAUGUACAUAUAGUGGAAUGUGAUUGCUAUGAUUUAAUUAGGAACUCUUCUUUA